UGAAGAAGAGUUGGACGUACGAUGGAGUAAAGGACAAAAAACUUACUGCUAUAGCUAUGUGACCUUAUGAACUCUAAAACCACAGACACAGCCUUUCGUCUUAAUGCAUGGACCUCGUAUUUAUCGUUUCAAAUUGGUUAUUUAACAGCGUACAAAGGAACAGAAACACUCUGUUCUAGAGAUGAGUAGUAGUGGGCCUAGCAGUACUAGUAGUGGAAGCGAGAGCACGUCAGACAGACCUACUGAGCUCAUUGCUCUACUAGACUCCGAGAAUGCGGAAACAGUAGAGCAGACUAAAGCAAUUAUACACGAGAACCUAUAUAAAUCUCGGGAUACGAGUCUGUUAAAUGCUCUGGUCGAUUGCUAUUUGGAAACGCGGUCACCAACUGCAUUGCAGAUCUUGACCAAUGUGCACGAAGCACGAACACAUAAUUUAUUUGAAAAACUCAACGAUUGCCUCAGACAUUGUGGCCUUCGUGGUCGUAUCGAUACCAUGACUCUACUUGGUCACAUCGUACGAAAACAGCCAUCUUGGUUGUACAAGAUAGUCAAAACACCUCUCUUUGAAACAGUCAUUAAGAGUAUGAAGAGUGAGUCGGAUGUUUUGUAUCUUAUGAAUGGUGCCCUUACCAUCACCACAUUGUUGCCAAUCAUUGCCUCCUAUGUGGAAUCCUGGUUGAAUGAUGUCUUUGAUGUCUACACAAGGCUUGCUGGCUUUCUUAACAGUAGACCAGGCAACAUUCCUGAUAUCUACAUGUUGCACCUCCAUGUGUCGGUGUAUUUCUAUUUUCAUCGUAUUUAUGCCAUGUACCCGAACAAUUUUGUCAUGUUUCUAAGAGGAUAUUGUCAUAAUAAUGCGAGGAAACAGAUUGUCUUUCAAACCAUCAUUAAGCCAAUGCUGGAGCAUGUACGUCUUCACCCAUGCCUCAUUACAGAGACAUCUCAGUCGGAAACUGGCAAGCACAGGUGGAGGAAGAAGGAGCCCCAAGACAUUGUGAUAGAAUGUGAAAAUAUGUCAUUGGAUCCAUUAGACAGACUACAGACUGAUAGCAGCCUAACAACCUCUUGGACAUCCCUUCACGAUGCACUUGGUAAUACACAAGACAAAUCUGUGAACUCAGUACUCACAACAUCCGAAGACCUUAACAAAGAGGUUUGCGACGUACCAAUAAUCAAAGAGAGGAGGAUGUCUGACUCAGCAACACAAACUGGAAAGUCGUUACAAAGUGGAGAUAGUGGUACUGGAAGUAUACCGUUAGUGUCGUCGGAGGAUUUUAAUAGUGCGUGGAGUCCAACAGAGAUGUGUGGGUUGUCUACCCCACCUUCUAGUCACAUGUCACCAGCGACGAGUAGUCAAGAUUUGGUAGCAGUACAAGCGAACCUUUCUAUCUCACAAUGUAGUACUCCUGGAUUUGCAAGUACCCCAGGAGAUUCACCGACAUCAUCCUUGGCUGGUGAUUUGGCACAAAGUAGUCCUGCUCUACUUAAAAAUAGAAAAACUUUAGCAAAGACGCUAAGUGGCAAGAGCACACCUAGUAAGACUGUAGGGCUUGACAGCCCUCUCAUUCAUAGAGCUUUAAAUUCAAUGUCAAUUCAAACUAAAGCUGAAACAUCAACACCCAAAACAGAGACUUUGGUAACUGAUUCUAGUCAUGUUUUAUCGAGUCCUGAAGUCGAGAGCAGCAAGUUUAACUAUGAGAGGCAAACGUCAGAGUUGUCUGUACAAUCUGAGCCAAUCACACCAAUAGAUAAAUCCCUUACUUAUGAUUAUAUUCGUAAUGUCAAGCCAGAACAUGAGAUGCAGGAGCAAUUAACUUGUAGUGAUCAUAGUGAGACAAUGGAUAAUGCUACCAAAGAAAUAAAAAGAAUUCUUAGCCAGAACGAUUUUGCUUCGUUGCAAAAUGCAGAAUCGCCUGUCAACCCUCCACCAAGUCUAGAUGCAUCCCUGGUGUCAAACAGUAAUUUCUCGUCUAAUGGUAUCUUAUCUCAAGGACUGCAGCAUAUUAACUUGUCGAAUGAUAAAUUCACAAUUGGUAUGUCCGAUGAUGUUGAGAAAAUAAUGAAGGAUGUUUCAAAACAUGCACUUGAAGAACCGAAUCUCAUGCCUUAUAAGAGUGAAAGUAAGAAUACUUUAGUAUCUCACAGUUCUGAGAUAUCUGAAGGCUCAAGGACUCGUUUGGUCACUCCCACACCACAGGACGACCACCAGAAUUCAUAUAAUUCUGAGACUUUAGCUAUGCUGUUAAAUCAAAAGGGGCAAUACCCUGGAGCAAGACACGAACAGGAUGACGAUUAUAAGAGAUGUUUAUCUCCUAGGCCAACACCUAUCGAGUUAUUAGAUAAUUAUAUUCAAGUAGGAUCAGGGGUUCAAUUAAAUGAGCUAUCUAGAAUAUCGCUUGUAAGCUCUCCUGAAACUGAUUGGACUCAUUUUGGAGGUGAAGCCCCUGUGGAUGAGAUUACAAUUUUGCGUGGUCAAAUCCAGCUACUACACUUUCAGUUGUUGUAUGAGAGACACAAGUGUUACCAGCAUGCCAUACGUAACAGACGUCUUAUCGGCAAGACAUUCAAAGCUGUGCAGUAUGAAGAAGAACUUCUGGCCAUUAAAGACCAUCUCAGGUUACAAGAGGAAAAAAUGAGAGAAUUGACAGAAUCUUUGAUAAAACAAACUGAAGAUAACAGUAAAUUCAAGGAAAUAACUUCAGGAUGGGAUAACCAACAACAAACACAACUGAGAAAUCUGCUAAAUGAAAAUGCUAAGCUACAACAUGACAAGAAGAUGCUAAACGACACUCUGGAAAAUCAAAAGAAAGAGCAUGACUCUUUACAAAUGAAACUACACCAGUGUGAGUCCAAGAUAUUCACCUUACAAAAUGAAAUUGACUGCAUGAAGCCCAAACUUGCCGAAAAAUCUCAACUGAAGUCAGAAAUAGAGAGGCUAAUAAAAGAACUUGUGAUAAUGGGUGAACUGAAUCAGCACCAUAAGGAUAUGAUGGAGAAGGCGGCUGUUGAUAAGGGAAAGAAACCUGAAGCUAGCUUGCAGUUUUAUGCUUGUCAAAAAGAGUUAACAGCCUCUAAGCAAAUGGUAAGGAAACAGAAAACUGAAAUAGAAGCCUUGCAUUCAAAGGUUGCAGAACUGGAGAAACACUUAACAAAAAAGGAUGUUGAAAUGAAGGAGUUUAGAAAGUUUUCUGAGAGCUUGAAUGGAAUUUACUUGGCUAAACACAAGGCAUUAGAAGAAAAAUAUACUGCACAGAAAAAAAUCAACCAAACUCUAGAGGCUCGUAUACUUAAUUUACAACUUGCUCUAGAGGAUACAAAACAUGAAAACACGAUGCAGGCAGCAGCCAAGACUAAAACUAGAGCAACUAGAGCAACAAGUCCAAUUCAAGAGGAAACGUCUAGCGGUUAGGAACCAUCUCACGGCACUCCUACUGGCAACCUAAAAACUUAACAUUAAAGUAUAGUAAUAGCAUAGAAUGCGACCCCUUGGUGCUGAAGUUGUUGAUAGGCUCUUAUUAGGUUGUUGUAUAGAUGUUGUGUUUAAGGUGUCAGUAGGUUGAUAGUGGCAUGUUGGUAAUGUUUUGGUAGGGUAUCAGAAGCUGGUUGUUGGUAGGUCAUCGUUGGGGUGUUGGUGGUUGUGUUUAAGGUGUCAGUAGGUUGAUGGUGGCAUGUUGGUAGGGUAUCAGAAGCUGGUUGUUGGUAGGUCAUUGUUGGGGUGUUGGCGGGUCAUUUAAGGUGUCAGUAGGUUGAUGGUGGCAUGUUGGUAAGGUGUCCUAAGGGUGUCAUCAGGUUCUUAGUAGGUUGUUGGUAAGGUGUUUUUAGGGUGUCAACAGGUUGUCGGUAGGUGGUCUGUAGGAUAAAGAUAGGAUAUAAUGAUAAGCUAUUGGUCUAUACUUUACAGUAAUUUGGAGUCCAUUUCCUAACUAUUACUAUUGUUUAUUUUAGAUAUAUUUUUAUAUCUAAAGUAAUAUAUAUUCAUGGCUUAAAUUAAAGGGCUUGAUAGAGAUAGAAUACAGUAAAUAAGACAAAGUUGAAACCAUACUCAUUGAAAAUUUUAACUGACUUCAAAAAAACCUUUUUUUGCAAUAUCUUGAUAAGUAUUUUUGAAUUAUUGUUCAUGAAUUUAAAUCUCAUUGCAAUUCUAUUGCCCUUACAAGUUUGGAAAAACUGGCAAAAUARGUUCWUGGUAUGCUGAUCAAAUUUGAGAGGGUUUAAAAGAAAUUAAAAUAAAAUUGCUUGUAAUAUUUUGCCUUGAAUAGACCUCUUUAGUUCGGGCAUGUUUUCCCAUUUCAUACCAAGUGUCAUUCCCUAGAGUAUCGUUCCUUUGUUUAACAGUUGCACAUGGGAAACACAUGAAUAUAGAUACAACUCAAACAAAGAAUUUUAUUCUGUAGGGAAUGACACAUGGUUUGGAAUGGGAAACAUUACACCAAAGGUCAAAUGUGUUGACUGGUGACCACCUUCCUAAUCACUACAUGGCACAUCAAUAUCUCAUUUUUUGCUAUAUAAAAUAUACUCUGACACACACAUAACUACGGUAGAGACCACAGUUAAUAGAGGCUUUGCACCAUCAUGUAAUGGUAGCCAUGACGGGAGUCGCAACAACUGAAAACGUUAUGCCCAAGCUAAAGAGGUCAACUUUCAAGAAUGGUUAAACUAAUCUGGGUAUAUGAUGGUAUGGGGUGUUGUAGUGGUAGUGAUAAUGAAUUAACCACCUUUGUGGUCUUGGAUUGGAUUCCUGGACUCGGUAUCACAUGUGAGCAGAGUUUGUUAGGUCUCUCUUGAAGGGAUCAGUCGGUGAAUCCAUAUUCCAUGUGGAAUGAAUUUUAGUGGUCUCUCAUGAUCAGCUGGUUGUAUUGAGGGACAAACAAUCAAAUGUUUAGAUGAAUGAAUUUACUGAAAAAUUUCAUUAGGGAACUGAAAAGCAAGGGCGGAACCAGGGAGGGCAAAUGGGGCCUGAAGUCCCCCUUCAGCAGAAAAAAACGAUGCUUUUUUACAUUGUUUUCCGUUGUGUUGACGGAAGAAACUCAAUUAGCCCCCCUAAACUCAAUUAGCCCCCCUAAACUCAAUUAGCCCCUACAAUUUUGGCUGGAUCCACCCUUGAAAAGACUUUAGUUACUAGCUGCAAUGGUAAUGGUAGAGGUGUGCAAUGUUAGCUCAUAGUUUCAGCUUUGUUAUAUUAGAAAUAAAAAUAAAUAAUAGUAAUAUAAUUUAAGAUAUUUUAAAGAUUAGACAUACAAUAAAUGUGUAUGCUUAAUUUAUUAAACUUGUUACUACACCAACAUGGA